AUGGCCCCAGUGGACAGCGCUGUCCCCCUCUGGCAACGGGUGGGCAGGACAGCCGGGCUGUCUGGCAGCGUGGGGCAGCCGAGACAGGCAGGAGUCAGGCAGGAGUCACGCGGGGUCAGGCAGCACCGCGUCCAGGUGAUGGGGCGGGCGGGGGCGGGGGGUCUGAGGUGUCCAGCCGAGGAGCCAGUUCCCGGCCCGCGGGGCGGCCGCGGGGCACGGAGGUGCCGGGAACCCGUCGGGCCGGGCCGGCCGGUCCUGGCGUUACCACGGCUCAGUCGUGUGCCACGCGGGCAGCCGGCAGGACUCCGGGAACGGGGGACAGCAGCCUCUGACCGCCCCAGCCCACGGGCAGGUCACACCAGGCAGGAGCAGGGGGAUGUUGUGGUGCCUCUCACCCCCCAGCCCAACCCCCCAGAACCCCCAGAUCCCCUGUCCAUGCUGCGGGAGUCUCCCUUCCCCAGUCAGGUGCUGGUGGCCCUGGACUAUUUGGCUCAGGGGCUGCUGGCCCCCAGCUUCUGGGCUGUGAACAGCCUCCUGGACCUGCAGCAGACGACGGAGGAGCGGCGGCAGCAGCGGAUGCGGUGCAGCCAUUGCUGCAGUUGUGCCCGUCGAGCACUGGCUGGGCUGGUGUACGUUGCGGUGCUGCUGCUGAUGCUGCCGCUGACCGUGCCGGGGCUGCUGCUCUGGCUGCCCGUGCAGGCGGCACGGCGGCCCUUCGCCUACCAGCACACGGUGGGCCCGGCGCCGGCUGAGCCGUGGGACCUGCGGCAGCGCCGCACCUUCACCAUCCUCAGCGCCAACGUGUGCCUGCUGCCCAGCGGCCUGGCCAAGUUCAGCAACCUGGGCCGGACGAGCCAGCGUGCCGCCUACCUGGCCCGGCACCUCGCCCCGGCCUCGCCGGAGCCCGCCGGCACACGGGCUGGCCUGGUGCAGCCAUGGCAUAGCCAGGCCAACUGCUAUGGUGGGACACACAGCUCGUGGGCCAGCAGUGCCACCGUGGAGGUGCCGGUGGAGGCAGCUGAGCUGGUGCCGGAGCCACUGGUGUUGUCUGAGCAUUUCCCAGCAGAUGCUGACGUCAUCUGCCUGCAGGAGGUCUUUGAUGCCAGCGCUGCUGCCAUCCUGUGCCAGCGGCUGGGGGGCUCCUUCCCACACAUCAUCCAUGGAGUGGGGGGCCAGGGGCUGCAGGAGGGCUGCCUGAAGCUCUUAAACAGCGGGCUACUGCUGGCCAGCCGGUACCAGCCACUGGCCGCCCAGUACCAUGGUUUCCCCAACGGCGCCAGGGAGGAUGCCCUGGCUGCCAAGGGGCUGCUGACUGUCCAGGUGCUGCUGGGCUUGGUGCGGGGUCGGCGGGUCGUGGGCUACAUCAGCUGCACCCAUCUGCAGGCACCCGCAGCCGAUGGUGCCAUCCGGGAUGCGCAGCUGACGCUGGUGCUGCAGUGGCUGGGCCAGUUUCGGCGAGAGCAAGAGCAACCGGGGGACGUGGUGGCCUUUGAUGUCUUCUGCGGGGACCUCAACUUUGACAACUGCUCCCGAGGUGACAAGCUCAACCAGCGGCACCAGCUCUUCGAGGAGUACUGGGACCCGUGCCGCCAGGGGCCGGGGCAGGACGUCCCCUGGGCCAUAGGGACCCUCCUCAACUACAAGAAGAUCUAUGAGGAGCCUGUGUCCACCCCAGAGAAGAUGAAGAGGACACUCUCGCAGCCAGCAGGACGGCAACAGUUCCUGGCGGGCCCGAUCCUCUCCAAUGGUGACCCUGACCCGGCGGCCACCAGUGCGUGGCAGGGCCGGCGUGUGGAUUACAUCCUAUACCGGCCACCUCCCACGGCUGCGCUGCUGCGGACCGAGGUGGCUGGGUUCUCUGUCAUCACCCAGCUGGCCACCCGCUCUGAUCACCUGCCCGUGUCCCUGCGCCUCCAUGUGGCCCCCACGCCAUCCUGAGAGCCCAGCACUGGCACCAGGUGGGGGGGUCCAGCCCUGCAGGGAGGUCCUGGCACCCCUCGGGGAUGGCUCCUGGGGCCUGGGUGUGUUGGCUACACCACGCUGUGCCCCUGGGCCAUGGGGUUGCCAUGGUGAGUAGCUGUGCCCACCACCACAGCCCCUGGGUGCUGUGGGGGGUGGUCUGGCAGCGACCCGGCACUGGUCUGGCACUGGUCUGGCAUCCCUCUGGCAUGACUGGCACCAGCCGUGGCUUUAGCGACCAGAGCCAAAUAAAGGCCUUGAGCGUG